UGAAAAAUGGCAGCUUCCAUGUUGAACGUGGAUCGUCAAGAAAAGUAACAAGUUUGGACUGUUGAUACAAUGUUCCGAAUACAUAAGUCGUUCAAGCUUGGACAUUUGAAAGCUGAUAAAGUAUUUUAAUAAUAUGGCGCCAUCUACACAGCGAUCAGCUCUUGUAGCUGACGAACAUCUCGAUGUUGAAUAUGCCCAGUACAUCCAGAAUCAGCACCAGAAAACAGAGGGAAAAGCCGACUUUAUUUUGGAAUUGAGACGACUGUUUGAGAAAAGUGAUGUCAAAGAACAAAUACCAUUGUUAAAACAAAUGUGUGUAAGUUUAAAAGAACAGUUGGGUGAUGACGAACUUACUAUACCAUUACAAGUAUUGGUCAAUAUCUACCUCAACUGUCAACCCAAACAUCCAGUCAAGCGGAUACUGGCCAGCACUUUCCAGAAUUAUCCCCCCUGUAUCAGAGACAGGGUGGAGAAGGUUUUAACAGAACAAGUACAGACAAAAAUAUCUACCUAUCAGAGGACAGUUAACACAAGUGUAAAUCUUUGGAGGUCAGUUGUGGACAUGGUGUCUUGUUUAAUGGAGAACUUCAAGCUGGGUGAAAAUUGUCUUCAUCAAAUAAGUUUGCCAAUGGUGAUGUUUCUGAGUGAAACUCUGUCUCAGUUCAUCAAACUUUUCAGUAGCAGCAUGUCUCCAGUCAAACAAAAUGAAUUGAUGCACAAUUGCCUGGCAACUCUACAGACAACCAAUAGAAUGCUUCAGAAAUGUCACAUGACUUUACUGGAGACUUUGGCUGAAUCUGAAUCACAGGAAAGUUUCCAGAGAUAUGCCAGUUCACUAAUGGAAUCAAACAUGGAAAUACUCAGAUCAGAUAACUUUAUGCUUGACUGUAAGACAAGUUGUGGUAUGAAUCUAGCCUUGCUGCUCAAACUGAUCUGCCCACAGGAAAUUGUUACCCAGUUAUUGCCUACUGUUUUGAGGAAACCCCAGACUACAGCCAAACAGUACCCCUGGUUAGAGAGGUGUGGUCUUUAUAACCUGUGUCAGGACACUCUAACCCCUGCCAGUCAUCUUUGUCUCUGUUACGGCCUGUUUGCACACCUUGAUCCAGCUGACCUUCUGUAUGAGUUCUCAGACAACACCUGUCUCUUACUGGACGUGUUUCCAGAUGAGUUUAUACAGUUAAAUCCUCAUGCCUGUUUGAAGGCUGAUUGUGUCACUCCUACCAUGAGGUCAAGGUUGAAAGGUGAUGAGGUCACGUUACAGAAAAUCCUACAAUAUGUUUGGGCCACUUGGGAAGACACAGUCGAUGCAAUACGGUUAAAUGCAAGAGACACAUUUACAAAUUCACUAAAAGUUCACGCUCUUGCCCAGCAGACAGAUCCAAGCCAGGACAGUUUCUUGCUGGAACUUGCUCGUACUCUGAUCCUGGACAUCAGUUGGUCAUGUAAAGGGAAGUACGGUAGUCUGUGUGGCAUUGUGGGAUAUGUUGGCACCACCCACUUCCUGUCGGUCUUACCCAGUAUGCCUAGGGAUGUCCUGGAGCAAAUGAAGGAGCAAACAUUAGCCUGUUAUGCCAGUGAGCUUUAUCAGAAGAUAUGUGAGACUCACCAAGAGGAGAUGAGGGAUUCUGCCGACCUCCAGGCCGAGUGGUUGACCCUGUGGGUAGACCCUGUCCUAGAGGUGUUGUCAGGAAGCCAUAAACUCCACAAACUCCAUGUCAUGGAGUACAUCCUCCCGAAGCUGUUGAAGAAUGGCAAGAAGACCCUUUACCACAUGGUUCAACAGCUGACUAGGGACACCAGUAAAGAUUCUUCAGAUCAUCGCCUUGGAGCCUUAGUGACUUGUCUGAGGAGAGCUCGAGUAAUGGGACUACUUCAGAACCAGGAGUCAGGGUCCCAGGAAUGUUUGUACGGAGCAGUCAGUGUGACAGUAAUCAAACAGGCUAUGGCUCACACUGAUGAACAGGUGAGACUAGAUGUAUUGGCUCUACUUUGUGAGAACCAGAGGUCAACUGAGGUCAUCAGUAAAACUGAAUUUGAUUUGCUAAAACAUUUCUUACCUUGGAACCUGAACAACCAAUCGCCAUCCUUUAGACAACACUUACUAGCUCACCUGAAGAAGUUGUUGUCUAGACUACAAGAAAGUCAGGUAACACUUCGGAGAAACAUGAAGAACAAGAAAACUGAGUCGGAUAUCAGGGAUUCGUACAGAGUCUCCCUAGGGAGUUAUCAGGAUUUUUUGGCCUGGUUAGUAGAACACCAGUUCCUGUGUCUGUCGGGUUCAUCCUUCGCCCGCCGUACCACCUGUCUGUCUAUCCUGUCUCUAGUCAUCAACUCUCACACAGGAGACGACUUUACUGACUACGUCCGUGCCCCACACCUACAGUCCCUCCUGGAAUGUCUCACUGACACCUUCGAGGAGAAUAAGAUGGAGGCCACUAAGAUUCUGCAGUACUGUUGUCAGGGCCAACAGGGCCUCUCACAUUUAGAGCCUCUCUUUGAUACGGCCUUGACCUUGGCAGCAUCAACACGACCUCAGGAUUGUACCACAGCUGCAUACCUUUUUAAAGUUCUUCUGGUUCAACCGGGAAUCUAUGACAUUCUGAAAAACUCAGACAGUUAUCAGGCAAAACUCUUCCUAACAAAACAGAUGGAAACAUUCUGUCUGCCUUCAGUGGAUAACAACCAAUCAGGACGGAGUCUGCUGUUGCUAUGGAUACUAUUAUCUUACCUGCAGGAUCAGAAGGAGGUUGCCAAGGGAAGCCUGAUCAUGGCUGCUGCCAAUCGGCCGUUGUAUCCCACCCUGCACUGCAUCAGAUACAUCCUGUUUGAUGUGGCAUUGAAGAACCUUCCACAGGACCAGUGCCUUCCUUACUGGCAGUCCUUCAUACAGAACCUUAUCACUACCUGUCUGGAAAUCUCCGAGAUUGUCUCCCCUGUUGUCCAUAACACAUCACCAGAGGGCAAUGUUCCAGUCGAGGCCAUUGGUGGCCUGGAUCUGGACACUCUAAUCGACCCAGACAGUCUGAAGGACGCUGAGCGGAGUAAGGAGACGGUGAUGCUGAUGCCGGAGUACCUUGUGGUCUGCUGCUGGAGAAACAUCAAGGAGGUUUCCCUCCUACUGGGGCAGCUCAAUCUGGCAACGCCCAUCUCUGACCCCCAGAGGUCUGACCCUGGGGGACUCUUAACCUGUGAUCAGAUACUGGUGAUGGGGGACUACUUCAAGAAACAGCUGCUGGAAUCAGUACAUAGGGGCGCGUUUGAGCUGGCUUAUGCAGGCUUUGUUAAGAUGGCCGAUAUGCUCUGGAGAAGUGAUAUCCAGGAGUUACACGAGUUACCACGGAGAUGGCUACAGGAAGUCAUGGCUGACAUCCAAGCAGAUGACCCGGAAUCUAAGCUGUGUUCUACUCGUCGGAGUGCUGGGGUGCCCUUCUACAUACAGACGUUAGUGACCACAGAGCCUAUCAGUACAGGGAGACCGUGCUUUAAACAGGCCAUGACUGAUCUCCUACAGAUGGCACUGUUAAACAAUAAGGGACAGGAGUCGGCCUCCAAUCCACAGGUGCAUGCUUUGAACACGCUGAGGUCGCUGUAUCGUGACACAAGACUUGCUGAUGAUGUGGCUCCUUUUGUAGCUGAUGGCCUGCGAGCGGCCAUAUUGGGCUUCCAGAAUCCAUUUUGGGCUGUGCGGAACUCUGCCACUCUUCUACUUAGUGCUCUAAUGACUCGUGUGUUCGGUGUCAAGAGAAGUAAGGACGAGGGAAGUGUGUCCAAGAAAAACUGUCAGACAGGGCGGGCCUUCUUCCACAGAUAUCCCUCUCUGUACAAGUUUUUGUUAGACCAACUAGCCGAAGCUACAGAAAAUAUUGGGAAGGGUGUGUUGUACCUCCAUCCAUCUCUCUAUCCCAUACUGAUGGUCCUCGGCAGACUGUUCCCAUCCCAUCUAGAGGGCGCCGACACCAGCCUCAAUCUGGCCGCGUUUAUACCCUACGUUAUUAAGUGCAGCUCCAGUGCUGUAUACAAGACCAGGAUCAUGUCAGCAAAGGCUCUACACCCAUUGGUUCUCCCAGAUCAGCUGACCUCGGUGCUGACUCAAUUACUGGACAUGCUUCCUGACUAUGUCACAAAAUCAAUCAAUCAGAAUCUCAUUCACGGACUUCUACCCCAGAUCCACCAGCUGAUUAAGACUCUACCUAGUGUUAGUGAGGCGGUCAGACUCCAGACUGGUCAUCUCCUGUUGUCUACCUGGUGUGAUAAACUCUGGCUCAUUACAAGAACUAACACCUGUGUCAUGACAAGAACUGAAGCUCUGAAUGUCACUUGUAGAAUUAUCAAAAUCUACAACACAGUUGAAGAUGUAGACAUUUUGUUAGCACUGAAGGCAGUAAGGGAAGGAUACAUGAAAGUCCUACAACAAGAGCUUGACCUAUUUCACCUUAAGGAUCGCCUACAAUUGGCUGGAUUCAGUGAGUUUGUGGUAGCAGUGGCAAGGUUGGAGUUGAUGGCAGACUGUGUAAAGGGAGGUAACUCCAGUAUAAUAUCCCUCCUCAGGAAAUUACUUCUGUGUGGGUAUUAUGAAGUGAGAAUGAUAGCAUUGGUGUUUAUCCGAGAUGUUUUCUGUGGUGGACAGUCCGAUGUUACUCAGUCGGACACUCGCAUGCUGGUGUUCCAGGAAGUGGAUGUUUCUAGUGAGUUUGGCAGAGAUCAGUUGGACUGUAUUAGAUGUGAGGUCGGAGAGUCCAUAGAUAUCCUGGAUCUACUAAUACGACGGGGCUUGUUAGAGGAGACUCACUACGAAUGUAUCAUCCAGGUGUUUGAAGUGCUGUCCUGCCAUCCUCUUCUGUGUACCAAGGAUUGGACCUCGUCUGUACAAUCUACACCACCGCAGAUACUGGAGACUUGUCUACAUAAGAUCCAGUCCAACCCGAGGGAUGAGAUCAGGGCAGCGGUGAUCCAGUUUACGGGCGUAGUGAUAAGAGCUGUGAUACAACACACACUUGAUGGGUUGUCCAGUUCAGGGGCAGAUAACUUAACACAGAUACAGCGAUGGUUGACAGUCCUCAAGGAGCACAGUUCCUCUGAGCAGUGUCCACUUCUACAGGUCAGCUGUGCCAAGGUCAUAGGUCAAAAUGUAGAUAUGCUGUUAGUUGAUGCCAACAACAAGUUAGGUGACCUGACCUUUGAGUUCUGGACAGUGUUGGUUAAUCUGCUCCAAGAGGAUGAUGGGCAAGUCAAGGAGGUGACCACUGAGGCUUUGUUCAAACUUUGUGAGGGCACAGGUGUAGUACAACCGUUCCUGUCUCUGGACCUGUUGAUUGGUCAGCUGGUCACUUACCAUGGCACUACAACUAGAUGGAAAGGAUGCUUGACCACUCUGGUCAACUGGAUUAAAGGAGAAAAUUCAGACAAUAGUGAAGUUGAAGAGAGACUAUUUGACAAAGGCGAGAUGAAUACCUACCGUGAGGAUGUGAUAUUUGUCCAGCUUGUCAUCAAACAUCUGACCAAACUCCUUCUUCUACUGACCAGUGGUCAAGAUCUUACAGAGGAUUCUAAUAACUAUCAGCCAGAAGGGAGGGGAGACAAAUCUACCUUUAAAAGUAUCAAAAAACUUGAUAAUGUGGUCAGCUGUAGUGAAAGACAUUUUCCUUCCCAGGAAAUUGACCAGACAAUUUAUAAAACUACCAAACCCUGACCCAGCAACAUUUUGUUUGUCAGAUAUAGAAAUAAUUUUCAAGGAAAUUUUAGACACUUUACACAAAUCCAUUGAAGCUCAGGAAGAAAUAACUGUGUCAUCACCAUUCUUGGAAGUGUCAUGGUACAGGACAGUGUUUCCAAACAUCUACAGGACCCUGAAGUUGAUGGACUUGGCCAAAUGCUUGAGUGCCACACUCAGUGAUCAAUGUGAUGUCAUUCGUUUGUGUAUUGGCGUCAAACUAGGGGCGCCAAACUCAGUGAUCAAUGCCCUGGUGUCUAGUGCACUGAUGUAACACAGUUAAGUGAUUAUAGUGAUAUACAUUUUUGAACUUUAUCCAGAAGUACGGUUCAACAUCUAUGAUGUUUUAUUGGUGAAAAAUGAAAUAAUAAAAAAUAAAGAAUUUUAACUUUGGA